UUGCUUGUUAUUCCAAAGACACCACAACUCCUGACGACGAGAGGCGCGGUAUCGGAUCCCGUGCUGAUCUCCAACUGACCUCGCCGACUGCCCGACCAUUGGAUCAAUCUGCGUCACAAUCGCGCCAAGAUGCGGCUCUCCUCGCUGACGGCCGCGCUCGCCACGGCGUUUGCGUGGACUGCGGCGGCCCAGGACGACUUUAGAAGCAUAACGCUCAAGACGCACACUCUCGAACAGCCCUACCUGGACUCUGAUAUGCAGAGCCGAUGGUUCGAUUUUGGUGGUGAUACAAUCAUUCGAACAGACUCAUAUAUCCGCCUCACUUCCGAUCGACCUUCGCAAAACGGCUGGCUCUUUUCACGGGUACCUCUGACGGCGACAAACUGGGAGAUCGAGGUUGAGUUCAAGAUCCACGGCAAGAACCAGCUCUAUGGCGAUGGCUUCGCCAUGUGGAUCACGAAGCAGCGAGGCCAGCUCGGACCCGUCUUUGGCCACGCCGACAAGUUCGAGGGCCUGGGUAUCUUUGUCGACACGUACAAGAACAACCGCCCUGGCGUCGUCUUUCCCUAUGUCAUGGCCAUGUUUGGAGACGGACAAAAGUCCUACGACAAGAACAAUGACGGCAAGGAGACGGAGCUGGCUGGUUGCUCGGCCAGAGGUCUUCGCCACUCGAACAUUCCCACCAAGAUGCGAUUGACCUACUUCCAAGACAAGAGCCUCAAGCUCGAGCUCCAGUACAAGACCGUGGGCGACUGGCUGGUGUGCUUCGAGGUGGACAACCCCCCUGCGAUCCCCAACAUUGCCUACCUGGGCUUCAGCGCCGAGACUGGCGAGUUGAGCGACCACCACGACAUCAUCUCCAUCACUUCCAAGAACCUGUACAGCAGCCCGGCUGCUAACGGUCCCGGCAAGGCGAACACGAGGAACCAGUUCAAGGCCAAGAACGGUGGCGAUGCCAGCGGCGGAAGCUGGACCUGGUUCUUCACCAAGAUCUUUUUGUUUUUCCUCGUGGUAGGCGGUGGAUACGCGGGCUUUACCGCGUACAGGUCGAGAACCAAGAGCCACAGAUUCUAGACAGGGCUGCUUGUUUUGAACUUGUAACUUGUGGGGGGAUGAACAGUGAGAGAUGUGGUGAACUCACCCGUGAAACUGACUCAGGCAGAGGCCUUAUCGAAGGGAUCAUAUAAUUCAAACGGUCGAUGGGUAGGCGGGAAGACGUCGUUGCCACAUAAAAAGCAUACUAGUAUUGGAUGUCGGCCAUGUCUGUUGUCGGGGUUUUACUUUUGUGCUGGGAGUUGGGUCAUUGAUGUAUUGCUUGACUGGCACGGGGUGGUGGGUUCUAUCAUGCUAGCACGAAAUAAAGCAAGGAGGCGGAGGAAAUUGAUUGGUGGGUAAGAGCGCAUUCUUAGCAGCGAAAAGACGUCUUUACUGGUUCAACUAUACUCUUCUGUUUUCAUUUGCCAAUUGAUGAUUGAUGAUCUGUUGAAGAUGUUGAGCAAAAGGGAGCAUGGCGAAAAGAAGAUAGCUGUCCCAAAUCGUCUUAGUACAAAAUUAUGGAUAUUGCAAAAGCU